AGGCUGGAUGAUCUCAUCCCUUCAGCAGCUGCAUAGCGCAGCCAGACAAACCCCGAACUUUGGAUCAAACUUCUAAGUUGCAUCUGUAAAAAAGACGCCCGCGCAAUUUAGAUUUUCAACUGGAACUGAAACAUCUUUCAUUAAAUCCUUGUAUAUCUGUGUAUAGAUUUCAAAGGAUCUUCCAUAAGAAACAAAAGGACGUAAACGCAGAGUAUUGUGUUCAUGACAUCCAACAUUGGGGGAGAGGAGAAAAGGUGAUUCCAAAUCGUGCUACAAAUUUAGGGGCUGUAACAGCAACCCCGGUCAGACGUCCCAGCAGAGCGAGUCAGAUGAUGCCCUCCGGUCCUCAGAGCAGCAUGCAGGCCUGACCGCCGCAGAGGAAGCCUGGUUUCUCCUCCUCCCUCCUGUCGGCCUCCCCCUCUCCGUGUAGGGCCACCAGGCCCCCAUGCUCACAGGGCCUAGCCUCCAGCCGUCCAGCCCUGGAGGCAGCCAUGCCCGCCUGAGUGCCCAGGUGACGUGCCCCUGGCGCCGGCCCCAAGCCCAGCCUGCAGUGGCCCAUGGAGCAGUCCGUGGGCGGAUCGGUCCCUGCCAGUGACGAGUUCUACACUCGCCACCUCCGCCUGGCCAACGGAGGCCUGCUGCCCCCAUCCCGCCUGGACGGCCCCGCCCCCCUAGGCGCCGUGGGGGUCCCCAAGAUGGGGGUCCGAGCACGUGUCGCAGAAUGGCCCCCGAGGAAGGACCUCGGGGCUCUUUGGCCCGUCGCCAUGGAGGCGGACGCCCCGGGCAUGCCCGUGAGCGUGCAGAGCCACGCCAAGCUAGGUCACGUGAUCAGCCCCCAGGACUCCUUCAUGUUGCGCAACAUCAGCAACACGCUGAGGAGCAGGAUGCAGAACGCCAGCAGCCACGCCCCCGACAACCGCUACCUGGCACCCGGCAACCACCCAGGCUCCGCCCAGAGGACCCACCGUCGCAUCCGCCAGCGCAGCAACAGCGACAUCACCAUCAGCGAGCUGGAGGGUGGAGGCGGGGACAGUGGCGAGGACUGGGGCCCCUCAGGGGGCCCCUCAGGGGGGCCCUCAGGGGGGCCCUCAGGAGCCACCAAGUGGUCCCCUCUCCACCGGGAGUACGGCAGCACUUCCUCCAUCGACCAGCAGGGUGCCUCGGGCGAGAGCUUCUUUGAGAUGCUGAAGGGGUACCAGGGCGUCCAGGGAGACCAGGGGGACCAACGCAGCCCUGCACCCGAGAGGCUGGAGGCCCUGCUGACCGCAGGACACAAGCAGGCCUCCGUAGAGACGCAGGAGGAGGCCUCAGACAGCCCCCAGCCCAGCGGCAAGGCCAAGGACAGGGACAAGCACCCCAAGAGACGCUCCAAGUCGGAGACGGGGGGCGAGUCCAUCUUCAGGAAGCUCCGUAGCGUGCGCGGGGAGUCCGAUUCCCCCAAGGGCGGCUCUGACGUGGAGGACUCCAAAUCCAAUGUGGAAGACCCCCCCUUCAAACCCUGGCUGUGCCAGAAGGGCUUCGCCCACUACGACGUCCAGAGCAUGCUCUUUGACCUGAACGAAGUCCUGCAGAGUCGGCAGAUGGCGGGACGAAGGUCCAAGAACACGACCACGGGGGCGUCUGCUGCCGCGGCCGCCUCCACCACCUCCACGCUCUCCUCCACCCACAGCCUGGCCUACAGCUCCCCUGGUGGCAGCCAGGAGGACCUGCACGCCAGGGACAGCCCUGGCCUGGACCCGGGGGACGAACAGAGCAACGAGAUGCUGCUAAGCUGCCCCUGCUUCCGCAACGAGAUAGGAGCCGAUGGCAGCGGAAGGCGCAAGGUGGGGGCUGGGGGUGGGGCGGGGCCCUCUAGGGUGGCCGGUGGUGGGGGUGCAGGGGGCUCUGGGACCCUGGGGGCAGGGGAGGGGGGCCUGUAUGAGACAUCCCCCAGCUCGCACUGCAGCAACGCUGGGGUGGCUGUGCUGGAGGGACCCAGGGACACCCCCAACGCCCUCAGUGACAAGGGGAAGCACUACCUGGUGGAGCACGUGGACCUGGGAGCCUACUACUACAGGAAGUUAUUCUACCUGAGAGAGCACUGGAACUACUUUGGCCUGGACGAGGCUCUGGGCCCGGUGGCGGUCAGCAUACGGCGAGAGAAGCUGGAGGACGAGAAGGAACUCGCCCAGCAGUAUAACUACCGCAUCAUCUUCAGGACCAGCGAGCUGACCACUCUGCGGGGGUCUAUCCUGGAGGAUGCUGUUCCCUCAUCCUCCAAGCAUGGCACCGCCCGGGGGCUGCCUCUAAAGGAGGUGCUGGACUUCCUGCUGCCGGAACUGGACCUGCCAUGCCUCCGCCUGGCCCUCAACACGCCCAAGGUCACUGAGCAGCUGAUGAAGCUGGACGAACAGGGGCUCAGCUUCCAGGUGAAGGUGGGGGUUCUAUACUGCAGGGCGGGGCAGAGCAGUGAGGAAGAGAUGUACAACAACGAGUCUGCCGGCCCCGCGCUGGAGGAGUUCCUGGACCUACUGGGGGAUAAGGUCCGUCUCAAGGGCUUCACCAAGUACCGCGCCCAGCUGGACACAAAGACGGACUCCACUGGCACCCACUCUCUGUACACCACGUUCAGAGACUACGAGAUCAUGUUCCACGUUUCAACCAUGCUGCCCUACACCCCCAACAACAAACAACAGCUGCUGAGGAAACGCCACAUCGGGAACGACAUUGUGACCAUCGUGUUCCAGGAGCCGGGCGCACACCCCUUCACCCCCCGGACCAUCCGCUCACACUUCCAGCACGUGUUCGUCAUCGUGCGUGUGCACGACCCCUGCUCUGACCACACAGGAUACAGUGUGGCUGUCACUCGUUCCCAGGACGUGCCCUCGUUCGGCCCCCCCCUCCCCAAGGGAGUGACCUUCCCCAAGUCCACCGUGUUCCGGGACUUCCUGCUGGCCAAGGUCGUCAACGCGGAGAACGCCGCCCACAAGUCGGAGAAGUUCGGCGCCAUGGCGACGCGCACGCGGCAGGAGUACCUGAGGGACCUGGCGGAGCGUCAUGUGACCAGCACGCCGGUGGAGCCCGUGGGGAAGUUCCCCUUCAUAUCGCUGGCGCACAAACGUCGCGAGAGGCUGCGUCCCUACAGCGGGGCGGAGCUCCGCAGCCUAGGGGCGGUCACAUGGCCCGUCCACGCCGAGGACCAGGUGGCCGGGGCGGAGCGGGAGUGUCUGCUGGCCAUCUCUAACGACUUCCUCAUCCUGCUGGACCAGGAAGCCAAGGCGGUGGUGUUCAACUGUGCCACGCGCGACGUGAUUGGCUGGUCGUCGGGCAGCCCCGCCUCCAUGAAGGUGUACUACGAGCGCGGGGAGAGCGUGUCGCUGCGCUCCAUCAACAACAACACAGAGGACUUCGGGGAGGUGGUCAGGCGUCUGGAGCUGCUGACGAAGGGCAGUCAGACCACGGAGAUGACCCUGCGCAGGAACGGCCUGGGCCAGCUGGGCUUCCACGUCAACUUCGAGGGCAUCGUGGCGGAGGUGGAGCCGUACGGCUACGCGUGGCAGGCGGGGCUACGCCAGGGCAGCCGGCUGGUGGACAUCUGUAAGGUGUCUGUAGCUUCGCUGUCCCACGAGCAGAUGAUCGACCUGCUGAGGACAUCUAUGACCGUCAGGGUGGGUCAUCAUCCCCCCGCACGAAGACUCACCCCCCGCAGAGGCUGCUCUGAGCUCUACCACAUGCCCCUGGUGGACUACAAGAACCACAAGGGCAUGCCCUACGAGUUCAAGUUCCCCUUCCGCAGCAACGAACAACAACACCACCACCACCACCACCACCAGCAGGUGGCCCCCGCACCUCCUCCAGCCCCCACGCGCGGCCCCCCGGCCUGGGGGGAACCCUGGUCAAGGCCCCCGCUGCAGACCUGGGGACAGAGCACUCCCUCGCAGGUGUCCAGCGAUGGACGGCAGCUCAACCCCAAACGGUACUCUCCGGGGUCAGAUAACUACGCCCUGGCCUGCUCCAUCGUGAUGGGGCGCUCUCCCCACAACCCUGCCUCCCACAGCAGCAUGUCCUACUGUGACACCCUGGGCUCCAGGGGCUCGGGGGGGUCUGGGGGGUCUGGGGGAACCCUGGCCUCCAGCCACUGGAAACAGAAAAACAUUGCCUGGUUCAACAACAACAGCCGUCAUUCCCCGCUGUCCGUAGAGCGCCGUGCCCAGGGGGAGGGGUUUAACGGGGCGAAGCCCGCCCCCAGCCACACCCUCGGGCCCAGCUCAGCGCCUGGUUGGCCCCGGGCGGGCGAGGGGGAGAGGCCUAGCCAGACUGGAGAGCGAGCUGCUAACGAGCUCCCUGUCUCCAGAGCAUGUGUGUCUGGCCACCUGUCUCCCAACAACAACACCAAGGCCGACGCCCCUUACUCCUCCAGCCAAUCCAGCAGCAACACGCUCUCCAGCAACGCCUCCAGCUCCGCCCAGAGUGAUGAGAAGUGGUACGAGGUGGGCUCCCGGGCCGGCGUGCGUCAAGACUUGGAGCUGAACGGCUACCUGCAGGGGGCGUCGACAGACAGCGGCAUCGACACUGCUCCCUCGUACGGGGCCCCUGACAGCAGCAUGGCCUCCUCUGGGGGGCUGAGGGGGGUGGAGUGCCCCCCUGUCCUCUGGCAGGACCCCCCCUCGGCCCCGGAGACCUCCCCCCACACCCCGGACCCCCCCACCCCCACAGGAAGCAGCGAGAGCCCUUCCAAGACCCCCCCGACCUUCCCCCCCGCCCCGGACAGCGGCUCCUACACCCUCAGCGAUGCUGCUUCACACUCCAGCACGCUGAGCUCCAGACACUCAGGCAGUCCUCUGGGCCAGGCCUGCAGCCCCUCCCUGGAGGAGCUUCACCCCUCCCCCACCUCCCCCACCCCCGGGCCCAAGAGCUUCUACCCCCGGCACGGGACCACCUCCAAGUUCCUCAUCGGCUGGAGAAAGCCUGGAGGCACCAUCAACUCUGUGGACUUUGGCAACACUCGCAAACGGCACCAGAGCGAGGGCCUGCUGGGGGGGCAGCCCCAGCUGAGGGCCGUCAUGCGGGGGUCCCAGUCCCCCCAGCGCAGCACCAAGUCCAGCCUGGAGGAGGACCUGAAGAGGCUCAUCACCCUGGACAGCCCUCCACCCACCGCCAGCGACCUCAAGCCUGUGUUCCCUGUCCCCCCCACCAGUCGCCGCUCUCUCCAGAGGACCGUGUCAGAUGAGAGCAUCUACAGUGGUCAGCGGGAGCCCUCCUACGCCAGCGGAGAGUGUCCCGGGGACGCCCUGUUCAGCAGCUCCACCCUGCCCCGCUCCCCCACCACCCGCCACGCCAAGCCUCGACGCCCCUCACACAAGUCCCUGGGUGACCUGUCGACCCCAGACAGCUGUGGUUCUGACCCGGGCAGGAGGAGACAGCUGCAGGAGCAGGUCCUCAUGCCCCUGCCUGACCCCGGCGCUGACCCCGCCCUCAACUGGUCCAACCUGGUGGAGGCUGCCAAGGCCUUCGAGGAUGAGCAGAAGGCGAGUCUGCUAGCUGCUAGCGACGGGAGCUCCAGAGGGGAGAGCGUGGCCUCCAGCCCCCAGCAGGCUGAGCCUCAGACGGCCCCACAACGCCAGCCCUCCCCUGGUGAGAUCCCGGCCUGUCUGAUGGGGAAGGUGAGCCAGCUGGAGUCCAUGGUCAAGCUGCUGCAGGACGACCUGAAGAAGGAGACGGAGGCGAAGGCGUCGCUGCAGGCGCAGGUGGAGGGCCUGAGGGAGGACAACCUGCGUCUGCAGGAGGAGUCCUACAGCGCCUCGGCCAAGCUCAAGAAGUUCACAGAGUGGGUCUUCAAUACCAUCGACAUGAACUGACCAGCCAGCACCUCCCAGGCUGGUGCAGCCCCCCCAGACAGCUGCACCACAGGACUGGCACACCAGCAGACUGACUCUGUAAUUCAACACCUGCCUGGAGAGGAGUCGCUGUGUGGCUGAUCCAGUGCGGACACACACUGAUCCUCGGUCCGUUACGGCUCUUUGAAAUGGUCCCUUCUUCCCGUGAGAGGGAUUUGAGGGGGGAGGAGAUAGGAAGGAGAGAGGAGAAGGAGAGGGGUAGGAAGGAGAGAGGAGGAGGAGAGAGGUAGGAGAGAGGUGAGAGACGGAGGAGAGAGGAGGAGAGAGGAGGAGAGAGGAGGAGGAGGAGAGGGGGAGGAGAGAGGAGCAGUGUGGGACCCGUGGACAGAACUGGAGGUGCUUCUGCAUGAGUGACAGUGUUGACCCUCCCUGAAGGGGGGCCACCCUGACCUCAUCUUACUGGACUCAUCUUCAGUUCUGUUCAUAAACGGUGGUCUGUUUGAAAGGUCUGUUGGUAAAUAUCCUGAACAGUUUGACAUGUUAAAUUAUGUCAGCUUCUAAAGAGUAAUAUCAUUGUGAAUUGUUGAGAUUGCAGUGAAUGACAUGAGGAAAAUUGAUUAUAUUUGAUGUUUUGAAAAAAGAAGAAGACAUUUUUGGGAAGUUGAGGUCCACAGAGGGGAGGUUACCGUUGUGAUGCUGACCGCUGAAAUCAACUGGACCAGACGUGUCAGAUGAACAGACCACUUAUCUGAUGAAACCACUUGUACUUAUCUAAUGAAAUCCGCCAUGUAAAAAUAGUUUCAUAACAAGAGUGCCAUAAUUACAAGAGACAAGCUUGACGAGUUAAAGAUGCAUUUUGUAAAUAUGUAAGUCUGUUUGGGCAUUUAAAUUGAAAAGCUGCAUUGUGGCUGUCUAGUUUGAUCCUGUGUUCCCUACUAAGAGCGUGAGAAUAGAUUACAGGACAGUAUCUGCACUGUCUACUACUCAGCAAGGAUUCAGCAGUCUUUGGAAUGACUAACUGAAAUGUGUUACUGGAAGACGAAGGGUUAAACUGGAAAAACAUAGGUUUACGGUUUUAGAAUUAGUCUGAAUAGAUUUAUUAUUAUUAUUGUUUUAGCUGGGAGGUUGGUGUUAUAGCCACAGUGCUGCCUGAUCCAGAUGAGUCAAGUGCCACCUGGUGGUGAGGACGUGUAACGGCAGUGUCCCAGUCUUGAUCCGCAGCAUGUUCCCAGAUAACUCAAACCAGAGAUGUUUGAUCCUUUUCUACUGUACUCUCUGUAGAGUAAAUCGGUACUGUGUGUGAUGACGUGUAAAUACGCAGCGUAAAUCCUGACCUCUGUCACGUGUGCUCUGAGAUCCGCUGACCUGUAAACCAGCCUGGCCAGGCCUCAGAGAGAGAGGUUCUCACCUGUAAACCAGCCUGGCCACGCCUCAGAGAGAGAGGUGUGUCUACACAGUCUGCUGUGUAAUCCAGGUGUGACAUGUGCCCAUGACGACCUCACUGUCACCUUCUCACCCCUAGGACGUCAUCCCCCCAGUAUACAGCCUGUAUAUAAAGAUGAUGCUCAUCUCAGUUUGCACCUUCCUUCAUGUGUUGCGACAUGUGGUCAUGUUUCCUUUGGGCUGUGACUGUGUAAAAAUGUUCAUAUCUAUUAAAGAUAUUUUGUUGAAA